AGUUUUGGCAGGUCUGUGCUUCAUAACAGAGCUGAUUUCUGUUUAUAUUAAUGAGAUGUUUUUAAAGUUUCGUCAACUUAUUUGUUACAAACUGCUUUUGACAUUGACUUUCAUUCUGUGAAAUUUCUAUCGCGUCUUCUUUGUAAAUUCUUGUUUUUGAAUAGGAAAUCAACCGCAUGGUUGCUCACGCCACAAAUUCAAACCCACAAGAUGGUGAACGCCAAAACCAGAUGAAUGGAUCGAAGGCAAAGGCAACUUCAAAUUCAUCCUAGCUUAUCAUGUUGUCCUGCGCCUGGCGGAUCAUAGAUGUUGUGCUUAGCAAGAGGUGGGGCACAUCUGGUUUUUUAAAAGAUACAACAGCUUGGUGUAGAAUUCAAUUUGGUAGAUCUACGUUUCUGACAGCACUUGAAAAUUGAUGACAAUCUGGGGAGUAAUUCGGACAUUUGACAUCAAUGAGCUGAGUUGCAGUUCUAUUUUUUAGUAGACGGUCAUUAAUCAGACACAGCUUCUCAUAUGAGUUUAUUCUCGUGGGUCACGAAAAUGAAUUAUUAAGAUUCCAAAAUCUUGUGAUUCACUUUCACGAAAUACAGCUGGAAGCCCUCUGCAUUCUGCCAGGGCUGUUCGAGCUCUUGAUAAAUCAUUCUUUAUGUUGAAAUUUCAGGUCGCGUUGAUUUGAAUGAUAGAAAUAUUAUGGAGCCUCCAGGAAUUAGUUUUUUGAAGCAUUACAGGUGUUUCAAUCCCACAAUCAAGGUCUAUCAGAGCUCUGUGUUGAUAAUCACAUUCAUUGCAUACGCUUGUUUCCAUGCCUCGAGGAAACCCAUCAGCAUUGCAAAAGGGGUGUUGAAAAGUGGGUGGAAGCCCUUCGAUGGAAGUACUGCAACUGCCAGGUUGGGGGAGAUCGAUGUGUCAUUUCUUUUAGUUUAUUCUAUAGGGAUGUUUUUUGCUGGGCAUGUUGGAGACAGGGUCGAUCUUCGCAUUUUUCUUACUGUGGGUAUGAUUGGGAGUGGGACUUUUGUGGCCAUGUUUGGGAUGGGAUAUUGGUUCAACAUCCACAGUUUCUUUUAUUAUUUGUGUAUGCAAGUGGUGCAAGGGCUAUUCCAAGCCACAGGUUGGCCCUCUGUUGUUGCCAUUGUUGGUAAUUGGUUUGGCAAGGGCAAGAGAGGCCUCAUCAUGGGCAUCUGGAAUGCUCACACUUCAAUUGGAAAUAUAUGUGGCUCCCUUAUUGCUGUAGCUGUCUUGCAAUAUGGAUGGGGAUGGUCUUUCCUUCUUCCUGGAAUUCUAGUGGCAGUGGCAGGCAUUAUUGUUUAUUUGUUUUUGGUUGUGAACCCUGAGGAUGUUGUGGAUGAGGUUCGUUCUGAAAGGAUAAAUUUGGAAGAUCAGAGUCUACUCAAAUGCGGGGAAGCUGGAUUGUUAAAGGGAACACUGCCUCCCACAGAAUCUCACAGAGGCCCGGUAAAAGUCUUCAUUGAAUUAUCCAAAACAGGAACUUCUUGUGACAGCAUGAAUGGGGCGAUAGAUCCAUCGAAAGCAGAGAUCCAUGGUGAUAGUGGCGAUGGAAAACAUGACAUAGAAGAAUCCACAGUGGAAGGUGAGGAAGAGGGGCUCCUUCGAUCUUGCACGACUGCCCAAAUUCAUUCAACUGCCACUAAUGCCGUUGGUUUUGUUGAAGCAUGGAUGAUUCCGGGUGUCGCAUCCUAUGCAUUAUGUCUUUUCUUCUCGAAGCUGGUGGCUUAUACAUUUUUAUAUUGGCUACCUUUCUACAUUAAGCAUUCAGAUAUUGGUGGCAAAAUUUUGUCGCACAAAACUGCUGGGAAUCUCUCAACUUUAUUUGAUGUUGGGGGAGUUAUGGGAGGAAUUUUGGCUGGUCAUAUUUCUGAUAGGCUAGAAGCCCGAGCCAUCACUGCUGUUAUCUUCCUGUAUUCUGCAAUUCCUGCACUACUUCUUUAUAGAAUUUAUGGAAGCAUUUCAAUGUAUGUCAAUAUUCCGUUGAUGAUGGCUGCUGGUUUGUUUGUUAAUGGGCCAUACUCACUCAUUACAACAGCAGUUUCAGCUGAUCUGGGUACCCAUAACUCAUUGAAGGGAAAUUCUCGAGCUUUAGCAACUGUGACUGCAAUAAUUGAUGGAACUGGGUCUGUUGGAGCUGCUCUGGGACCACUCUUGACCGGUUACAUUUCAGCAAGGGGAUGGGAUGGCGUAUUUAUCAUGCUUAUGCUUGCAACACUAUUUGCUGCACUUCUUUUGACGCACCUUGUGGUGGAGGAAAUUAAGGACAAAUUUCAGAAAAGGCAGGCUCGUAGAGUGGAGAGGGUUGGACAACAAGAUAUUGCAGAUGUGGGAAAUAUUCCAUAAUGCAAUCUUGGUAGUGAGCAUCUGUGAAAGAGUUAGAAAGACAACAAGUUACAGACUGAACUUGACAUGGUUGUGCAGAUGGUGAAAUGAGACAGCAGUAUUGCUUAUAUUGGUUGCUAACCAGUACUACAUUUACUUAUUAUGACUAGGUUUGGCAAUUACCUAGUCAUCAGCCAAGACAACUAAAUACCUGUCUGUGACACAUGAAUAAAAGUUGUCCUUGAUGGUGUUCCAUGAUUAAGGAUCCUUUUUCUUCUUCCUAAAUUCUAGCAACGGGGGUGUAUCAUCUGUACAGUGGAUUGAAGGGGCUUCACGUAUAGCUAAAUUUUUCAUCAAUGAUAUAUGAAUAUCCCCAGAAAUGAGAUCAGCUGAAAAUUUUGUAGCCAUGCACUCUAUUUCACAAGGAUGUAAUGUUUCAGUUGUAGCUUGCAACUGCUUUCUUUAAGAGUACAAUAUUUUUCAUCAUUUAUAAAAGAAAAUCAUCAAAUAUUCUUUCA